AUGCCUUCUUACAUUGUUACCCUCAAGGACACCGCUACCGAUGAGGAGAUCGCCAAGACCAAGGAGGACGUCAAGGCGCAGGGCGGCAAGAUUGGCCACGAGUACACCCUCAUCAAGGCCUUCCAGGCCAUCUAUCCCGAGGGCUCUGUUUCCACCCUUGAGAACCACGAGCACGUCAAGGGCGUCGAGGCCGACCAGGAGUCGCCUGCUCAGAGAGAGGAGCAUGAUCUGGUGAUGGAUCUCAUGCGGGGCACCAAUCGCGGGGUAACAGCGAGACGGAGGUUACCUAGUGUUGACAGCGACAGGGGGCCCGGGGCUUACAUGCCGCCCAGCCCUCAAGGUGCUCCAACUCCAAGCAGCGGCGGCCUGUGGGCAGCCCCUUAUCGCCUAGCGUAUCGAUUGGACCACGAUAACCCUGUUUCAGCGCUGACUGCUACCUAUAAACCCGCGACCGCACAACAUGCCGACAUGAAAUCCAUCGCGAGGCCGUCGAGGUUUCCCAGCCCUCUCAAGGCCUCCUUGAGCUCCUCAAACUACCCGAGACUCUAUUCCAUCCUGAACCAGAAUAUCGCGAGACCCCAUUACGACCGCCCGCUCAGCAGUCGCCAUGAGCUAGAGGACAAAGUCCCAUGGCUGGCUAACCAGCCUCUACACCAGCUGAGUCUGGCCGAUCUUGUCAAACACGGCCGCCCCCCUCUCUCCGCCGAAGCCCUCCUCUCCUCGGCGCGCUUCACCCUCUCCCUGCUCCCCAUCCGCCUCGCCCACCGCAUCCAAGCCCUGCGCAACCUGCCCUACAUCGUCGUCUCUAACCCCAACAUCUCGCGCAUCUACAACAACUACCAGCACUCGCUCUCGACCUUGCUCCCCUGGCAAGGCAAAACCAUCAGCUCGCUCGACGACGAGAUCAAAUUCACCCAGGUCCUCGCCGAGCUCGUCCAAACCCACACCGACACCAUUCCCAUCCUGGCCAAGGGCUUCAUCGAAUGCCGCAAGUACAUCUCCCCUAGCGAAGUGACCCGCUUCCUCGAUGAACACCUGCGCGCGCGCAUCGGCACCCGCCUGGUAGCCGAGCAGCACAUAGCUCUGCACUACAGCUCUACGCCGCACUUCGACCCGGAAGCCUCGCCCACGCUCUGUCCAGAGCCCAAGACGCACCCGUCCUACAUCGGCGUCAUUGACACGACCCUGCGGCCCGCCAGCGUGAUCGACUCGUGCGGUGACUUUGUCGCCGACAUCUGCGAGCUUAACUACGGCGUGCGCCCCGAGUGGGUGGUGGACGGCGAGCCGGACGCCACCUUUGCGUUUGUGCCCAUGCACCUCGAGUACAUUGUCACGGAACUCUUGAAGAACGCGUUCAGAGCGACCGUGGAAAACGGCAUGAGCCGCGAGCCGGUCGUAGUAACCAUUGCGCCCGAGCCGGCUAGCAGUUCCGCCAGCGCGGCGACACCCGGUGUUUACUCGGAUUAUUGCCCUCCUAAUUCUUCCCAAAAGAAUUCUUCUUCUUCUUCUUCUUCUUCUUCUUCUUCGAAUUCGAAUUCGAUUUCGAUUUCUUCGAGUCAACAAGGAAAAGCAGCAGCGCAACAACAACAACAAAAACAAGCGCAGCAUGGCAUCAUCCCGCUACAUGACCGUGCGCCCGGGGUGACGAUCAGGAUCAGAGAUAGGGGAGGAGGCAUUAACCCGGCCGUGUUGCCGAAUAUUUGGAGAUACUCGUUCACAACGUUUAACGACGCGGAUGAUGAUGAUCAUCAUGAGUCGCCGGGGGCGUGGGGGGAGGAGGCCAUGGGGCUGAUUUCGAAUACGGGGGUGGGCGGGAGCACAAUUGCCGGGCUGGGGUAUGGGUUGCCGCUGAGUAGGGCGUAUGCUGAGUACUUUGGGGGAGGGAUUGCGGUGCAGAGUUUGUACGGAUGGGGCACGGAUGUGUACUUGAGGUUGAAAGGGGUGGGUAAGAUCGAAUAUUGA